AAUGUGGAACUGACUGCAUGUUUUUUUAAUUGUUUAUUAACCUUUAUAUAACCAGGUAGAAACCUGCUGAGACCAAAGUCUCUGUUACCACGGUUACCAGGGUGAAAGGUCGUGGAAAAGAUAACAGGCUGUUUACAAAGCCACUUUGGUGAAUGUGAUCAAUAAAACCUCUACCUCCCUCUACUGGCCAACUGAAGACAUUACAGCACAAACACAUGCAUCUGACUGCCCUUCGUGCGCGCGCGCGUUUGUGUGUGCGUUUGUUUGUAAUAUCUAGAAAUGAAUGAAAGUCAAUGGAAAGUCCCCACAAAGAUAGCCACACAAACGUGUGUGUGUGUGUGUCCUGCUGCAAGUUUAAAGCCAAUGACCUUUGAACCCUGCCAGUACUCUUCUGUAUUUGCUCAUAAAUAGUUGCUGGAGGAGCAAAACUUUGACCUUUGCCCUAUAAUGAACUUCCUGCUUGAUAAAACCAGAGAGAGAGAGAGAGAGGGGGAACAAACCAGGUCAGAACCAAACAAGAACAGGCCAGAAAAGAAGAGAGGAGGAAGAAGAACCCUGCCGCAGCAACUGAAGCAUGGAGCAGCAGCAGGACAGACACAUUCAGCUGAAUGACGGCAACCGCAUGCCACUGCUGGGGCUGGGGACAUGGAAGCCCUUCGAGCAGGCGCCCAUCCAGGCCGCCGUGGAGGCCGCCAUCGCUGCUGGUUACCGCCAUAUCGACACCGCCUUCAGCUACAGGAACGAAGUGGAGAUCGGCAAAGCGCUACGCUCCAAGAUGGAACAGGGUGUCAUCCGGCGGGAGGAUUUGUUCAUCGUCAGCAAGCUGUGGUGCACGCACUUUGACCCUGAGGACAUCCCCGUCUGCCUCAACCGCUCCCUGCAGGACCUGCAGCUGGACUACCUGGACCUGUACCUCAUCCACUUCCCCAUCGGCUUCAAGAAAUCGGGAGACGAUCUGUUUCCACGGAAGGACGGGAAGAUCGUGACGUCAGACACGGACUACGUGGACGUGUGGCGGGGACUGGAGGCGCUGCAGGCUGCCGGCAGGGUGAGGAGCAUCGGCGUGUCCAACUUCAGCGUCUUGCAGCUGGAGCGCCUGCUGGCCCUCUGCAGGGUUCCUCCUGCUGUCAACCAGGUGGAGCUCCAUCCCUACAUGGUCCAGAAGGAUCUGAUCGAGUUCUGCAGGUCCAGAAACAUCGCACUGACGGCCUACAGCCCCUUCGGCUCCCCUGGAAGAACCUCAGAGAUGAAGAGAGGCGAGGCUGACCCCCACAAGCUGCUGCAGGACCCUGUGGUCGCUGACAUUGCAAGGAAGCACCGCCGCAGCCCGGCACAGGUUCUGCUGAGGUUUCAUGUGCAGCAGGGAAUCCCAGUCAUUCCUAAAAGUGACAAACCUCAUCACAUCCUGGAGAACAGCAAGGUAGAAGCCAAGAGAACCGGUCCAGAACCGCUCCUAGGACCGUUUCCUCAGAUCCUCCCAGAGAGCUCCCGCCUUGGCCCAAAGCUUCCUGCCAGAGAAUCAUUUAGCCACCGAGAGCGACUGGGGCAAACCAGGAGGCGAGACGCGCCUGCCGACCCCGUCGCUAAGCAGGCCGACCCCGUCGCUAAGCAGGCCGACCCCGUCGCUACGCAGGCCGACCCCGUCGCUAAGCAGGCCGACCCCGUCGCUAAGCAGGCCGACCCCGUCGCUACGCAGGCCUCCAUCAUAGAUUUUCCCCGACUCGGCGCCGCCGGGCGAGGCUCUCUGGUUCCUCUGGGAAAACAGACCCGGUUCUACCAGUACUCCUUGAGGUUCUGACCCAGCCUGAACCUCGCAGGUCUUCGACUUCGACCUCGGCGAAGACGACAUGGACGCCCUGAGAGGCCUGGACCGCGGCUGGAAGGCCUGCGCUCUGGAUGAGUGAGUCAGAAGCAGAACCGGACCCGGCUGCUCGGGUCCACAUGCUGACUGUGGUUGUGUUCCUCAGAAUCAAGUCCCACCCCUACUACCCAUUCGAGUGACGGAGGGGGCGGAGCCACCUGGACUGCAUGAUGAAGAUGAAGAACAGCGUGACCCGAUCUGAAACGAAAACCCGGUUCUGGUGGUUCUGAUGCUUUUAUUACAGUACUGAGAACAUAAACGCCUCUGGAGAGUAACAGUUUAGUCUGGCUGGUUCUGGUUGGUUCUGAUUAACCGCCAGAUCCAACUCGUUCGUUUUUUAUACUUUUUGAUUCUUCCUGAGUUUCUGCUUAGAGC